UCUAGAUGAAACAUGCUGUUCACUAUCUAUAUCGGAGUCACACUGUUGGUUUGUUUCCUGAUUUAUCUUCAUGUGAAAACUUACCUUGAAAGAAAACGUUUCUAUCACAUUCCUAGUAUCCCCAUCCCAAUAUCCUGGAAAUGGUACUUCGGACACACUACUGCAAUACAAAAAAAGAGGUUGGAGCUUGGAGGGAAGGGUUUUGAUUUCGCAGUUCUGUUCGAAGCUCUCCGGAAAGAACUUGGGGUUGACACGUAUGUUUUGUAUAUUUUUGGGGGAAGUAUAAUUUACACACUUCGCGUUCCAGUAAUUGCUAAGGUGCUUAGUGAUCAUAGAACCUUUAUGAAAAGAAAGCCCGAGGAAACGGGAUUGUGUUAUGUUGCUGGCGUCAGAGUUUUUGGUCCAAACGGAAUCCUAACUGAUCCCGGAACCGAGAAAUGGUAUCAUAAACGGAAAAUGAUGGAUCCGGCAUUCCAAAAGAAGUUCCUCCGAAUUUUGAUGGGUGAUAUAACGAAAAGUGCUGAGAAAAUGUGUCAGUAUUUGGAAGAUAACAAGGACCAGAAGACCAUAGAUAUUUACAGCCUCAUGAAUAGAGUUGCAUUAGAAGUUGUUUGUUCCUGUGGAUUUGACCUGAAAGAUGAUUUUAUUAUGGCCGAAGAUUCAAAACUGAAUAAAGCUGUCGCUGAUGUGUUUGAUAUUUUGGCACUUUCAAUUCUGGAAUUCUUUACCUUUCCGUUGCCAUGGAAGUUUAGGUCCGAGAAAAAGAGGUUGAAGGAGUCCAAUGGUUUGUUAAGAGGUAUGAUGAAGGAACAUCUUUCAGUCAGAUUAGAGAAGAUCACCAAAGACCCUGACGGCAUCUCCAAUGACAUCUUAGACCAUAUUAUCCGAGGGAACAUGACUGGAGAGGAAGUUUCAAUGGAUGACAUCAUUGAUGAUUUCUUUGUGUUCAUGGUAGCCGGUAUGGAAACUACUGCUAUAACAAUGUCUACCCUCAUCUGGUUGCUUCUUAAACACCCCGAGAUAUCUCAGAAAGUGGUUGCCGAGGUCACGGAAGUAUACGGAAGCAAAGAAACUUUAGAUUAUGAUGACUUGAAUAAGUUGGUGUACCUUGAACAAUGUAUUAAAGAGUGUCUGAGAAUGCACCCUCCAGCCCAGAUGACUUCCCGGGUGUGUUCUACAAGUGAUGAAACAGUGGCGGGUCUCCUUAUUCCAAAAGGAGCUAUAGUGAUGUUACCCACAGAAGCUGUUCAACAUUUAGAGGAAUUCUGGUCAGAUCCUUACACGUUUGAUCCGGACAGAUUCGCUCCUGGCAAGAAAAUAGAGCCCUUCACUUACUUUCCGUUUACGGCUGGACCCCGAAUAUGUAUUGGUAAACAUUUCGCCAUUAUGGAGGCAAAAGUUGUUCUGGCUAAGUUGUACCACACUUUUCAGUUUUAUGAUCCAUAUCCUGAGGAAAUGAAACUUGAGAAGAUCACUACCUUGACUGCUAAACCAAGAAAUGGGGUUUUUGUUGGGAUAGCUAACUAGAUCUCAUGGGGAGUGCAUUGUUUUUCCCCUACGACUGAGUUUAAGCUAAUUUUAUGGUAUUUAGUUAAAACUUAAACUUAGGUACAUUCAUUGCACCAUACAUGAUAGGAAAAUAUAUAAUGAUUAUUUUUACAAUAUCUGUCUAUUUUAGCGUUUAGUUUUAUCAUAUUUUUAUUCAGAAAGUUAUGUUUCAUUCUUUUAUUGACGUUUAUCAGAUAAAUUUCAGACUUUUAUCUAAAUUAUCUCCGUAUUCGUAUCUUCUUUAAAGUAAGAAAGAACAGUUUUAGUUGUUUAAAUUUUAUACGAACUUUAGAGUGUAUUAAUUGUUUUUUAAAAGUUAGAAUUAUUGUCAUAGUAUUUCAAAUAAAAUAUGAAAUAACCAGCAAAAUAAGUUGUAUAACCUUAUAACGAUAUCAUGUAUAGAUCAAUUACUCAAUUACAAUCAUCAGAUUAGUGAGCUGGGUUAUCUUCUCAAAAUUGCUCAUGAAACCUUAUUACGCAAUUAAUUACAUUAUAUAAUAUAAUCUAU